GCCCACACACCACCAAAUUCUUUAUUCUCAUUGUUCUUCUGUUCCCUUUUCCAGAAAAUAAUUAAACUAACGUGGUACAAGAAAUUGUUUUGCUCCUCCAACCACGGCGGCAUAACCCAAUCACCCCCAAGAAAAAUUCCUUGUUCUCUUGCACCCUGGAAUGAUCAGAUAUGGAUAAGCGCAGGCGGAAGCGAGCCAAGACUAGCUGUUGCAGUCAUGAAGAGGUGAGCAGUGUUGAGUGGAAGUUCAUAAACAUGUCGGAACAGGAAGAAGAUCUCAUUUAUAGAAUGUACAAGCUCGUUGGAGACAGGUGGGGGUUGAUAGCCGGUCGGAUUCCAGGUAGGAAAGCCGAGGAGAUCGAGAGGUUUUGGAUGAUGAGACACCACAAGCUCUUCGCCAACACCCGGCAGGAGAUGGAAGAGCCGAACGCCAUCUUCGCAUCUCUCCGAAACCACAUGACUGCUCCCGAAAAUUAGCUGCUGCUGCUGCUCUCUCUCCCUCUCUCCCUCCCUCUAUUGUUCAUUAGUCUUUGUUUGGAACUUUUAAUGGAUUUCGAUUGAGUUGUGACCUUCA